AUGAUCCUUCAUCCUGCAGGACACACAGUCAAAGGGAUCCCCAGACCCAAGUUUUCCAAGGAGGCAGAGAAGACAGUCGUGGGUACAGGGAUAAUCAUCCCCCAAGCUCAAGCACUGAACGAGGAAGACUUGGUGGAGUUCGUUCCCCGAAAUCUGAGCACUAAGCUAGAAAGCUGGGUACGGCACAGGGUCCCCAGAGUUGCUGGUCUGGGUAGAGGAGGGAGGAGGGGCGCAGCGCGCAGCCCCCUCCCUUCUCUUUGUCCUCCUCCCCUCCCCUGGUUUCUCUUCCCGCUCCCGCAGUCCCCUCCGCCCCGCACCGCUGAACUCGAGCUCAGCCUGCCGAGCCCGGCCACUUUAGGGGGAGGCGCCAAGUGUCGGCUGUUCUUGGCCCUGAGCGAGCAGUCCCGGCUGCCCGGAGCGGAGAGGACGCGGCGCGGAGUCACGUUAACUUUUUUCUGGAAGACAGCUUUACAAGAAUCUAGACGGACCAAAUUCCAGACUCCAGAACAUUCCAGCAACCAGGGACUGCACAGGACUGAGUCCAUAUGGAAGAAGAAGUACCUGGUUUCUAUGGAGAAAGUGGCAAGAAGGAAAACAAAUUAAGCAGACCUCAUAGAAAAUAAGAUUCCUUCAUGAUAUGAGGAGGUAGGUACUUUAAAAUAGAUUCUUAGACUAGAAUCUCACAGCACAGGUCUGUUGUCUAUGAACCAGCUUUCUUCUGGUCACUCUUCUUCCAGGAGACAGAAUGCUUAGAAAGAGUUCUGGUUUUAUAUAAAAACUCUUUGAUUUCCAAGUUAAUAUAAUGUCAUCAUAUGAAGUCUUCAGUUUCCUGAAAUACCCGUAAUGAGAGUAGGGACCUAGCCCAUAUAAUUGCAGCUUCUUGUACAUGUGAGAUUUAAAAACAAUGGCAGAUUCCAAACUGAGGUUUAUUUUUGCAUGCCCACUGAUACUGUUUAGCAAAAUGCUCCACUAUUUAAAGUAACUAAAGAAACAGUAAUUACUGCUCAGAACUGAACAGAGGAGACAACUGUUGCUGUGUCCUAGAUAUGCAAGUAGAAGGUGUCACUCUUGGCAUAGGGGUUGGAACUUGCCUGAGGAAACAUGGGGAGGAGAGCUAGAAAUAAGGAUGUGUAGCCACCCACCAGACAUUUUUUUCUUCAUUUAAUCAGUACUGAUUGUACACAAACCUUCAUUCAAGGCAUCAAUGGUGUCGUGAUGGUAGAAAAUUUACAUAUGUGUAUUUUAAAGUU